GCUGUUGUGACAUAACCCCGAUUGGAAUAUAACACAGCUUUCGAGAACCGAGUGAAAUAUAAAAAUGCUGCGUAGGUUAUUGCCCAAGGUGCGACAGUCACUGCAAGUCACAAAUCCACUGGCGACUGCUGCACGUAAACAAAGUAGUAGUGUAUAUGAACCGGAUUACCUGGAGUCUCUUAAGCCAAAAUUCCCGCAAUAUGAGAGCCUAAAUGUCCAAAUCAAAGGCUAUGACUACCCACUACUCGAAAGCUAUCAGCGUUUCCUACACGGUUUGGCCGAAUAUCUUGACUUGGAUGUCUCCGAUUGUUAUGCCCUGCCGCCACAGCAUACGCAAAUCCAACGCCUGCGUCCCAAUUCUACAGUGAUUGAAGCGGAAUACAAACUGACCACCUAUGAGCGUAGUCUUCAGUUGAGUAAUGUUGAUGCUCCAGUUUAUCCGCAAUUUCUGAGGAUAGCUCAAGCCGCUCUGCCUGAGGGUGUUCAACUAAGUGUCCACGAGCACACCGAUGAUUUUGAAGAGCGUCGUUAUGUGCCCGACAAGGAUCUGCUUGAUCUCAAGGCAGAACUGGAUCGCAUGGGUGGUCCCACAACAACAAAGAAAAAAUAAAAAGGCAAUUUGUUGUUUUUUUUUUUUUUUUUUGCAAAUUUUGGCAAAAACCAAAAAAAAAAUAUAUUAAUUUAAUGCUAUGAUUUGUGUAAAUAAAUUUAGAGAAAGAAAAACAAA